AGCUUUAAGUAGCAGCCGAUAAUAUUGUUUGAAAAUUUUAGUUUUUGGCGUUUGGAAUUUUUUGAUUGUUCAUUCAGUUCUACUCUAUUCAAGCAAUACUCUUUUAAGAUGGUUCUCUCUCAUCUUUGAGACGGCGAAGAACUGCAAGUCUCCAACUCUUACCGAACCAAGCGAAGCAGAGCACGUAACUGCGUAAGGGAUUGCAAGGCAACUCCGAUAAACCAUAGCAGACGCUCUAGCCGCGUGUUUUCCACUUUUAAGAUGGAAACGUCAGGCAGGAAACGUAAAUUGGAUGAAAGCAUCAUUCGGAAAUUAUAUCAUGGUGUUCCUUGUAAGGAUCCCACUCGUGAGAGCUUUCUGAAACGCUUGAAAACCUACAAUGUUUUCAAUUGGUCAGGAAAGCCAGUCAAUCCACCUCAGUGUGCUAGGCAAGGCUGGGAGAUUGCAGAAAAAGAUGUGCUGAAAUGUGUAAUGUGUCACCAGUUUCUGAGUGUCACCCUCCCAUCACCAUCCAAGCAUCUGCCAUACAGAGAAGCUUGUUCAAAAAUUAGAUCAAGAUUGGCUUCAGCUCAUUCAAAAUUCUGCUUGUAUUCCACCAAUCCACUGCCUGAUUCUGUUUUGGAAAUCAACCAUUUAUCAAAUAUGGAAUUACAAGAUACAAUUCAACAGCAAUUACUUGAUUUUAAAAAUAUUGAAGUUCUUUCCCACAUAACUAGUUCAAAAGAAGAGGUUAAAGAAAUAUUUGAUUGGUUUGUGGAAACAGUCACAGUACCUGAUGUUAAUCUGUCUAGCUUUAUUUUGGUUCUUACUGGAUGGCAAUUUCUCAAAGAUGACAUGUUAUUGCAAUGUGAUUACUGCAACAGAAAGUGGUCUAUAGAACCAUACUUAAUCCAGAGAAAUGCAGUAGAAAAGAUUGAUUGUGUAAAACCAACAGUAGAUCCAGUUGGACAACAUCAGAUGUGGUGUGCAUGGAGAGCUGAAGAGCGAGGCUGGAAAUGUCGUCUCCUUCAAUUGCAACAACUCAAGGAAUCUCGAAGUCGGGAAAAGAGGAGUCGGUUCAACUCCAGUGUUUGUGGUUCGCUUACUGACAGUAUGAGAGCUGUUCGAAAACUGUUGAAUGGUACCAUCUGAUGCAUUUAUCACUAUGGUAAUAUUUUUUUAUGACACAACAUUGUUUCAAUUCUAGUUUCAAUACAAAAAAUUCAAUAUAA